AUGUCUUCUGAGAAUCUUAUUUCAUCUAGAGCGACCUUUGAAACAAGCUGGGGCAGAAAUAUUUAUUUGUUGAUACAGAAAAAAUAUGGAAGCAUCCACUGUUGCCGUUGGCUUGUAGCGUCGACCGCGCUGACAGCCCAAGCAGCGAACAUUAAAAUCAAUGCCGCUACUGCUUAUAAUGGCAUUGGCUUCUCCCAGGCACUUGGCCAAGCUUCUAGAAUUCAAGCUGCAGAGCUUGAGUUGCAGAAGAAGUUAGACAUAUUGCUCCUUACUUCCCUGUCACUACGUACCCUCGACUACUGUCCAGAGAACCUCUGCGUUGUCAUGACUGACGAGUCAAUACAAUACAAGAUUGAACAUGACACCGGCACUCUUCAGUCUGGUGUAGUCCUCCACACCUGGCGGGUUCAUCCACUUCGAGCUAUCAUUAUCCUACAGCACGGAUAUGGGGAGCACGCAGAGCGCUAUGUAAAUGGGCACUGUGCCCUGAUCCCGCAGCUAGGCAAACACGGCCUCGAAGUCAGGGCAUUCGACAUGUGGGGUCACGGACGGUCACCUGGCGUUCGCGGCAGCGUGGACGUUGAGAGGGCCAUCCAGGACCAUCUAGAGCUGCGGCGAGAGGCGAAGAGAGAGAACGUACCUCUCUUCUUACUCGGCCACUCCUUGGGUGCUCUUGUCACGGCAGGCAGCGUCGUCGCGGACCCAUCUCUGGUGGAUGGAGUCAUCUUGACCAGCCCUCCGUUUCCAGGUCCAGUGUCGACCUUGGUGAGAUGGGUGCUGAGUGCGGGCGCCACCAUCGUGCCACACUGGUCACUUCCUAUGCCACGGUCACCCCCCUCUGCUCUAUCACGCCAACCUGAACUGCUGCAGUCGGCAGAGGCUGACCCGCUGAUGGUGAAGAGACAGAUGCCUUUUCUCCUGGCUGCCUCUGCUCUCCGCACAGCGCAGGCUAUAAACCAAGGACUCAAGGACUGGCAUGUCCCCACGCUCGUCAUGCACGGUACUGCUGAUAAAAGCGCUGAUCCUAAGGGAAGUGAAGAUUUUGUUAGAGGUAUCGAUUCUAAAGAUAAGACGCUACGGCUUUUGGAUUCGGGCCUCCACGAGCUCCUCAAUGACUCGGAUCGGGAAGAAUCUCUCCAGGAGAUCCUUGUGUGGCUUGAUGCUCAUAUUAAAUAAGGCCUAUCUGCUGGCCUUUACAAUCAGGCUAAUAGAAUAUUCUUGAAUAGAAGUAUUUAGUUUUUCCAAAAUUGGCAAAUGAUUGGCUGGGAAAA